AUGUCUACAGAUGUAUUUGACGGAGGCUGGGAUGAGCGCUUUGCUCUCCCAGAGCUGAACGCUGAAAACAAGGCUCUGCUAGAAGAGAUCAGUAAGAAAGAGAAGGAGCUGGUGCAACUGGAAAUCAAAGUGGAGAAAAACAAAGAUCAAAAGCAGUUCUUCAGUGAAUUCCUCAAAAAUGCCAAACAGGAGCUGGAAAAUACUGAGGCUCUGUGCAAGGCCAAGGAAAGAGAAGAAGAGUUGGAAAUGCACCUCACAGCCCUCGCUGAGAGAGAGACAGGUCGCCUGGUGCAGGAGACUACUAAGAUGGACAACACACUUAGAUCUUUAGCAGAGAGGAGAAACAUGCUAGAGAACCACAUCUUCAAGGCUAAACAGAAGCUAGAGGAGUUUAGGAACCAGAUGAACUGGGACCAGCAGACCAUGAACGCCUUUUUGGAUGAGUCAGCACGCAAAGAUGAGGACACGAUGGCCAUCAUCAAGUACGCCCAGCAAGAUGAGCAGAGGAUCAAGUCACUAACUCUGGCUAUAGAGAAGAAGACACUGGAGGCCAGUGAAAAGCACAAAGCACUCGACAAGGAAUUGACUGAGACUAUUACUGCACAGAUUGCUUUGGACAAGACUACAGAGAAUCUGCAGCAGGCCCACCUGGAAACACAGCAGCUCAUCCACCAGUGGGAAAACACCAUCAAGCAGAUGAAGCAACGAGACACUGAGAUGCAGCAGUGUGCGCUGCAACUUGCCCAAGCCAAUCAGAAUAUCAGGGAGAAAAACGCAACCAUUGCAGAGAAGAAGCACUUGCUUGACACUCAGAGGAACAACAAUAAGGAAACCGAGAGGAAGACAAGCAUUGCCAACCGGCAGGCUGCAAAACUGCGGCAAGAUCUGAAGGAGCAGGAGAAUAACUGCAGCAGGCUGAAGGAUGAGCUGGAUAGUUGUAAAGGCACACUGGACAGAGCGACCUCUGAUGUGGACUCUUUGACAUCCCGCAUGUCCAGGAUGAAGAAAGACAUCCAAGAUAACAAUGACAAACUUAAGCAGGCCAGGACUUACAAUGUUGCGCUGGAGGAGAAGCUGGAAGUUGUGACACAGACUGCCCUCAGUGAGGAGGAGCGAGCUGCCCAGAUGGACCAGUUCCUCAAGGAGGAGGAGCAGGACAUCAAGGAGCUGGAUGUCCAGCUGCGUGACUGCAGGGAGGAGCUGUAUCGUCACAAAGAACAUUUACAUGCCGUCAAGAUGAAGGAGAAGGAUUCUAUUGCUCAUGUUUCCAGAAGCAAAUCCACCAUCAUCGGUCUGGACGGUCAGCUCAGGAAACUGGAGAAGGAAUUAAUAAGACAGCAGAAAACCAUGAGUGGACAGGACACCCAGAUUGUGUGCCUGGGUAGAAAACUGGCACGACUGCAAGGUGACAUUCACUCCGAUGAAAAAGUAGUGCUAGAAACGAAGAUUGCUGAGCUGAACAAAACCCUGGAUGAGAAGAAGAAGACGGCCAAUAUGCUUACCAACACACUCAAGGAGUCUGAGGAUGAUAUUCGCUAUUUGAGGAAAGAGAUGGACAAGUCAGAAGCUCAGAAGAAAGAUCUGACCGGCAAAGUGAAAGAACUAAUUGUGCUUCAACACAGCAAUGAAAAGGAGCUGAUGAUAGUCAGGGCUAGGAAGCAGGACAACAUGGUGGAGCACAACAUCCUGAAGAUAGAGGUCAAGCGUGUGAGGGAUCUGCUGUACAACAAGACGGACAGCAUGCUGACCUUGGAGAAGAGGAAACUGGACCUGCAGAGAGCCAUAAAGGAGCGGGAGGAUGAGAUCAAGGUUUACAGAGAAAUGCUCAACCAGCAGCUCAAGAUCAGCGAGCAGGAGAGGCAGAAACUCAGUGCUGAGCUGAAUGAGAAACUAUACAAGAUUGACAUGAUGAAAAAACGUUUUGAGGUUGUGACCCUCUCAAUGGCUCCUCCUGAGGGGGAAGAGGAGAAAUCGCAAGCUUACUACAUCACAAAGGCUGCUCAAGAGAGAGAGGAGCUCAGGCAGAAGGGAGACAGUCUUGAUUCCCGAAUUCGCAAGAUGGAGCUGGAAAAUAGAGCUCUGGAGAACACUAUUCAACUGUUCAACAACAGUAACUCUGUCUUUCGGAAAUCCCUCAACAGAGUCAAUGAGUCCAGUCCAGAGUACCAGGAAAAGCAGAAGCUGGAAGAGCAGCUCAAAGUUGCUGAAGAGACAUUGAAGUACAAGAAAAAACUGGUCCAAGAGCUCCAACAGGACUUACAGGACAUGAACAAUACAUUGGAGAAUCUGCUGCAAGAGGAGCUGAUGGAGAAAGAUAAGAUAGAGCACAAGCAGACACUCAUCACUAAACUGAACAAAGAAAUCUCUUCUCAGCAAGAGAAAAUCGAUAGAGCCACAAAACAGUGCUCCAAACUCACCAAAGAAAUCCGCACAGCAAAAAACACCAAAGCAGAGACUUUUGAAGAAAAGGACAUCAAGCUGAGACAGUUGAAAGAAUUCAACAAGAAUGUUAACAAGAUGCUGAAUGAGGCUAUGGAGGACCAACCUGACCUCAGAGCAGAGCUGGAGAAAUACUUCCUGCAGGCCAAUCUGUCUCUUCCGUCUCCGGCGUCCACUCCUACCAGCAGCCGAAGCUCCAAGUCAAGCUCUUCCCACAGCUCAGGCUCUCUCAGGUGUCCCUCGUCUUCAGCCAGCAGCAGCCCCAGGUCAUCUACACUUUCCCCCGUACUGAAGACUGUGGAACUGGGCCUGGAUCUGCCUGUAACUUCCCCUCCUCUCACCACCUCCAGGCGCUCCAGCUCUGCCAGCAGCACCAGCAGCACCGGCAGCAAGUUAAAGAACCCUUGA